GCUCGCAUCGAGAACAAAGUAGUUAUUUUGUUGAACGUAGUUGCGCUUAUCGUAAAAGUGGUGAUUCAUAUAAAAUUAAAAAUCUUGUAGUGUUCCUGUAGGGUAGGGUUUGCUCUGUGAAUGUUCGAAAGCAAUGUUUAGCAACAUGGACAUUUUCAAAACUAUUUUCAUAUUCAGUUUUCUCGGACUCGGUGGUACAGUUGCACAGAAGCAAGUUCACGACUGCAAGGAAAUCGAAUAUUUCGUCGGACAGUACGUCCGAUUGCUCAACCAGUUGCCUGUUCAAACUUACCCGGUAAAUUCCUUCUGCACCAGCAACCAAACGGUUUCGCAUUACAAAACAGCUGUCGAGUGGUUCCACUACGCCCAAGGUAAUAAAACCUGUGAAAAAAACUUGAACCAAAACCGAUUGAAUGUGUUUCAAACGUUGUACGACCAAAUAACGUCAAUCUGGGAUGCUGCCCACUGUCAGGAUUGCGUUGCCAAUCAAAACGAUACGGCUGAAUUCUUUCAAUAUUAUGAUGAACUGCAAAACUGCGCCAAGAAUUACACAAAUCCAUGUGACGUUUGUGCCGGAAACUACAACCAUAUGCAGGUCUACUACGAGGGUUUGGUGCAAAACCGAAAAGGGUUGAUAUGCUUCGACAUCGAAGACCGAAUGAAUCAGACCAGAUACGCCUGGAGUGCCAUAUACAACUGCUGCAAAGGCAAGCAACAUUCACAGACGGCAUUUAUCUGGUUUGCUUCGGGAAUCAGUAGCCUGCCGGUUAUUUUUUACGUAAUGAUGUACUUAAUUACCUGCCGAAAAGAAGCACGCGAACGAGCAGCUGCUCCUCUGCUGAAUGAUCGAACAGUAGCGGGCACGGUGGAGGAACGGGAUGAGCCUCAGGCGAGUACGAGCAGUGUGCCGCAGCAGCUGCAUGACAAAGAAAAUGAGGACGAUCGGUACAGCGUGGAAGCCGAACCAAAGCUGAAUAAUCUGGACAAAGCAGCAGGCGUUCGAGAAAGUAAGUUGAUUGAUUUGGACAGUGAAUCCAGAGAUAAUCUCAACUCGAAUCAAGAUUUGAAGUCCCUUCCUAAUAAAAACGAUGACGACGAUGAUGUUAGUAUUCUCAGAAGCUCGGCAGUCAACGUCGGGGUUGGUGACUUAUUCGACUGAGAUCUUUGUGUUUGUGUAUCUGGUUUGUUUGGUAGAAUAUAAGAAAAUUUUAGAAGAAUCCAUAAACCAAAACAACAAAUCAUACAGCUUUGUAGAGUUCAAUUGGUACAAAAUCAAAUCUCUCGUGAAUAUAAAUAAAUAUGUAAGC